AUGUCUAGAUCAGGGUGUCGGCAUCACACAUAUAGCAUGUGUGCCGUGAGUGAGAGGGUGGUCGUAGAUCAGCCCUCAGCUCUUCUUUCGAAAUUAUCGAACAUGAUGACUUAUCGGCUUGAGGCUUCUUUUCUUUUCAAGCUGAGUAGAAAUUUCAUAAGAGAAGAAAAGUUCACAGAAGGUUCUUCAAUAGUAUGCCCGGUUCACGAGGUUCUACCACUGCAGGGCCCAGUUGCCAUUCUCCCAUUACUCAAGUCGUCCAAGGGACAGGACCCCCGCACUGUAAAAAGUUUCCUUUUUAUACAACUCAUGAUAUCUUUCUUCUGUGCAUAUCUCGGUUUUAAUAACUUCUGGGUUUAUACCAAAUCGACCGUAGAGAGAGUUCAUUAG